GGGAGGCUUGGCGCACUCAGGGCGGGGCCGGACGGGUGGGAACCCGCCCCCUUGCAGCUCGGUGGCCAACGCCUUCGCCCAGGGUUUGCUGGAGCUAAGCAGGUUCACAGACUCCAGGGACUGGGCACCUUGAGAGCUGGGAGACGGUGCCUUCCCACCCAACUAAUUUCUUUACAGGCCUUGGCCUUAACAGGCGUGUUGGUGCCUGCCGUGGACGCAUUCUGACCUGCGCUGUAUCCCUCUCGGGAGACUGUGCCUAUGGUUGGGGCAGAGUGAGGUCGUUGCCUUGACGACGGCAGCAUGCGGCCCGCGGACCCCCUGAGUGUGAGCCUGCGGCAGGCCGAGGCCAAUCUGCCUCCCUGCCUGAUUCGCCCCGGUCCGGUGACUGUGUCUACAGAAGAAAUCAGACCAGCUCCGGAAUUGCUAGUUUGCUAAUCAGCAUCUUUUAGACCUGCGAGCGAGAUGCAUUUCAUCUCAAAUUUGUUUCCAAGUUGAAAACCUUUGGGUCUUUCCACGUGAAAGGAUUUUAAAGAAACACAAGAAUUCCUACCGGUUUUGAAUUAAAAUGGAAAAAUAUGAGAACCUAGGAUUGGUUGGAGAAGGGAGCUAUGGAAUGGUGAUGAAGUGUAGGAAUAAAGAUAGUGGAAGAAUUGUGGCCAUCAAGAAGUUCUUAGAAAGUGAUGAUGACAAAAUGGUUAAAAAAAUUGCUAUGCGAGAAAUCAAGUUACUAAAGCAACUGAGGCAUGAAAAUCUGGUGAAUCUGUUGGAAGUGUGUAAGAAAAAAAAACGAUGGUACCUAGUCUUUGAAUUUGUUGACCAUACAAUUCUUGAUGACUUGGAGCUCUUUCCCAAUGGAUUAGACUACCAACUGGUUCAAAAGUAUUUGUUUCAGAUUAUUAAUGGAAUUGGAUUUUGUCACAGUCACAAUAUCAUACACAGAGAUAUAAAGCCAGAGAAUAUAUUAGUCUCCCAGUCUGGCGUUGUCAAGUUGUGUGAUUUUGGAUUUGCGCGAACAUUGGCAGCCCCUGGGGAAGUUUAUACUGAUUAUGUGGCAACCCGAUGGUACAGAGCUCCAGAACUAUUGGUUGGUGAUGUCAAGUAUGGCAAGGCUGUUGAUGUGUGGGCCAUUGGUUGUCUGGUGACUGAAAUGCUCAUGGGGGAACCCCUUUUUCCUGGAGAUUCUGAUAUUGAUCAGCUAUAUCAUAUUAUGAUGUGUUUAGGUAAUCUAAUUCCAAGACAUCAGGAGCUGUUUUAUAAAAAUCCUGUGUUUGCUGGAGUAAGGUUGCCGGAAAUCAAGGAAACAGAACCUCUUGAAAGACGCUAUCCCAAGCUCUCUGAAGUUGUGAUAGAUUUAGCAAAGGAUACCAAUGCUGAUCCCAAAAUUAAGGAUUCUAAAGUAUUUAAAAUAAAAGGGUCAAAAAUGGAUGGAGAAAAGGUUGAAAAAGUCAGUCGAGCUUCAAAUACGAGCUGUCUCCCUGACAAUGGAAUGAGCCACCUCAGAACGGUGCCUCCUACCAACCUCCGAGAUUGCAGCGAUGGCAGUGUGGACCACUCUAGAAGUCCGGGCGUGGCAAUCCCUCGCCUUGCGCACAGCCUUGCUGGGGUGGCUCCCGGUAUUAAUUCUGGAAUGGUGACUAUCCCAGGAGUUCCGAGUUACAGAGUGGAUGAGAAAACCAAGAAGAAUUGUAUUCCAUUUGUUAAACCAAAUAAACAUUCUCCAUCAGGCAUUUAUAAUAUUAAUGUGACCUCAUCAGUCACUAGUGAAAAGAGCCUACUUCAGGCAAAUAAGAAAAGAAGGGAAUACUCUAAGACAGAUGUCCGUUUGCCUGAACUAAACUAUAAUCAUCUCCCUGAACUAAGAGCCUUGGAAGGCAUAGCUCGAAAUUCCAGGUUAAUAAGGAAAGAGAACAAAAAUCUUUCAGAAUCUCGAAUUCCUUCUCUGGCCACUAUUGACUUGCACACGCCCAGUAUCGCAUUACAUCAGGUAUCAGGAUCUCCCCUGUCAGAUGAUUCAGAGGCUGAUUUGCGUCCAAUGGAACACCAGCACUGAGAGUCAUUUUGGUUCUGAACUGGAUGCUGCUUUAGCCCUUGAGAUGACAUCGUCUUGCCACAAAAGUGCUGAUAUCCUACAAAGAGAGAUUCGUGGGUUUGUCCUUUACUUCGGAACUGCCUGCAUUUUCUGAGAAAGGCCUUGCAGAAGAAAAAAGACAAAGACUUCCAAGUGUUUCCCAGGAAGCUCCUCCCCGACUGAUAUCCUGUCACCUUUCAAGUCCACUGUUGCUAUUUCAAGAUAUAUCCGAUGGAAGAAUAGUGAUAUGGUUCUUGUUACAUGAAUGUGUAUUUACUAUUAGUAGAUUGUGCAUUUAAAAUUACCCAAGAUUAAAAAUGAGUUUAAAAAGGGACAAAGAAACAUUAUAAUUGUCAUGUUAUAUGAACUUUCUGUGUUAUCUGUAUAAACGUGUACAUUUAUUUAGGAAUGGGUUUGGUGGAGGAGGUGAUAACAACUAGGAUCUGUUGAAGAAAUGAAAAAAUUAGGAUCAGUAAGAGAAAAUGUUUCUUUUACCCUAAUUUAACUAUAAAUAUACAUUUAAAAAGCUUGCUUGUUUCUAGGCUUUAAGGAGAUAUGUAAUUGCUCUCUAUAGAUAGACGUAUGUCUUUGGUUUCUGUGAUUAUUGUUGAUGUUUGAUCAUUAUAUUAUGGGAAUCUGACCUCUCUGCUGAUUUUCUAAGAACCACACUAAUGCAAAUUUCUCAAAGAAACCUUUUAUGUCUAAUGAUUUAGUGUGACUCCGACCUUAGAUAGUCCUCUUUAUUGUAAGAUUCUGGUGCCAGUGUUCCUGCAUGCAGGAACAGGAUUGAAAUAAGAAUGGUAAAGGAGAAUUUUGUAGGUAAUCUUUCGAGUUGAGGACUAUGCUUGUCAUUGAGAAAGGAAGUAUAUACAUACAGAAUUAGGAGAUGGGAAGCUGGCUUACCGACCGACUUGGACUGAUUACUUUUCUCUUGGCCAAUUACUGUUGAACUCCACCCUGAAGAGGCUUUGGGAAGGAAAUGUCCUCUGUUAUGGACUUCACUCCUGUCUGCUGAUAGUUUGAAGGUGAUAGCAGACAGCACCCAGAGGUGUUCCCGUGUUCUCGUUUCCUCAAACACUUAGGCCUUCCCGAAAGUUCUUCAUCAACAGGCAAAACUGUCUACCUACAGUCCACACAUCUUUUCUCGUGCCCCAGUCCACGACUUUCAGGUGGGAAGCUUAAGCCAGUUUGGCUCUAGGUUUUUGAUUUCUAGUGUGCUGGUCAUACUUGGCAUUUAUUGUUUUAGAGAAUGGUUGUUAAGGGGACCAGAAUUUGUGUGGGAUUUUUGCCUUAACCAGUUAACAAUGUGUUGUUUUUUUCCAAAAGGCACUGAUUAGUACUUAGCCCAAGAAUUUAACUAGCACUUUUCUCUAUUACUCUGCAGAGCUUAAUAUUGAAAUUCUGACUUUAGAUACUUGGUCCUCAGAAGAGCGGGACAUUCAGGAGGAGGCAAAUUGAGGGAUUCCAAAGUAGAAGUCUAUAGGUGGUUCAAUUAAAAUUCGGUCUUGAUUUUGAAGCUCUAUUUUUAACCUCUGACCAGGUGUUUGACUAGAUUGGUAUGACUAACAUGCUAGACAAAAUUAAUGUGUAGGCAUGAAUAGGCUUCACACUGAGAUAUUGUUUUAUUUUUACUUUAAAAAGUAUUGCCAACAGACUGUACAGUGUGGGAAGCAGACAAUACUUAAAAGCCAAGUGGCUUUCCAGCUUAUUUUGAUGUUAUUUUUAUUUAAAGAUCAGUAUGACCAUAUCACCUCAAUGUCUGAGGAUCUAAGAUCAAUUACCUUUUCAUUUCUAUAUUUGCUUUUGGUAUCUUUUGUCUAUGAAAACAGUUUGUGAACUUUAGAAUUAAGGAACUAAAUAUAACUUACUGUAAGUGCAAGCUGAGACUGGAGGAUCAUAUGUGGUUAGAACCUUGGCAGAACUACUUGAAAAAGAAGAUUUUGCCAACUGGAGCUAUAGAUACUGAACCAAAAAUAAUUCUUUCAGUUUAAGAUUACUUUGCUCUCCUUACAAGGAUGCAAUUAAACCUAAUAGGAAAUAUGUGUAUGUCCUGGUGGAGAGAAAUGGGCUUGCUGUGUGGAUGUAUGUUUUACAAUUAAUAAAUAUUAUAUCUUACUGAGCUCCA